CAGUACCCAGCUGUGUGUCCAUGAAGAGUGAUCGGUCCAUGGAGGAUAUGCCCUUCUUCAGCGGUGAACCAGUUCCAUCAGGUGUAGACCCACAGACACACAAACCUCCAUCUCCAGUACCCAGCUGUGUGUCCAUGAAGAGUGAUCAGUCCAUGGAUGCUAUGCCCUUCUUCAGCGGUGAACCAGUUCCAUCAGGUGUAGAGUUAAGGGCUGAUCUGACCCAGGAUCUAGGACCCAGGAGACACCUGCACACUGGACAUACACCAGGCAGAAAGAGGGAACUAGAUGAGGACCUGAGGAGAGUUAUAAAGAAUCACAAAGCCAGUUUGAAGAGGAGGUUUGAGAACAUAUCUGAAGGCAUCAUCAAACCAGGAGCUGAGAUACUCCUCAAUAAGAUCUACACAGAGCUCUACAUCACAGGAGGGGAGAGUGAAGGGGUGAAUAAGGAACAUGAGGUUUGGCAGGUAGAGUCAGCGUCCAGAUCUCAAAACACAGAGGACACACCAAUCAACUGCAACGACAUCUUUAAGCCCUUACCUGGACAGGAGAAGCACAUCAGAACUGUGAUGACCAAAGGUGUUGCUGGAAUCGGAAAAACUGUCUCAGUGCAAAAGUUCAUUCUUGAUUGGACAGAUGGGUUAGCCAAUCAGGAUGUAGAUUUUAUGUUUCCCCUUUCUUUCCGUGAGCUGAAUCUGGUCAAAGGCGAUCAGUACAGUUUUAACAGGCUCCUGCUUGACUUCCACCCUGAGCUUAAGAAGCUGAAUGAUGCUGAAGGAUAUAAAGACUGUCAGGUUGUGUUCAUCUUUGAUGGUUUGGAUGAGAGUCGGUUGACUCUGGACCUGGAGCAGAUCAGUGAGUUGUCUGAUGUGAAAGAAACAUCAUCAGUGGAUGUUCUGAUGACGAGCCUCAUUCAGGGAACUCUGCUUCCCUCUGCACUCAUCUGGAUAACCUCAAGACCAGCUGCAGCCAGUCAGAUUCCUGAUCAGUUCAUCGACCAGGUAACAGAAGUACGAGGAUUCAAUGACCCACAGAAGGAAGAAUACUUCAGGAAGAGAAUCAGAGAUGAGAGUCAGGUCAACAAAAUCAUCUCACACAUUCAGACAUCCAAGAGUCUCCAUAUUAUGUGCCACAUUCCAGUCUUUUGUUGGAUUGCAGCUACCGUACUUCAGCAGAUGCUGGAAAAGAAAAACAUCAAAGACAUUCCCAAAACGCUGACUGAGCUGUUCAUACACUUCUUGCUCAUCCAAACAACAAGAAAGGAUCAGAAGUAUCAGAGUGGAUCUGAAACAGAUACAAAGAAACUUCUAGAAUCUCAGAGGAUAAUUUUACUGAAGCUGGCAGAACUGGCUUUCAAGAAUCUAGAGAAUGGCAACCUCAUGUUUUAUGAGGAAGACCUGAGAGAGUGUGGCAUUGAUGUCAGUGAAGCCUCAGUGUACUCUGGCAUGUGCACUGAGAUCUUCAAGACAGAAACUGUGGAAUCUCAAAAGAAGAAGGUCUACUGCUUUGUGCAUCUGAGUGUCCAGGAGUUUCUGGCAGCUGUGUUUGUGUUUCACUCAUUUUUAGCUAAGAACCAUGAGGCAUUGGAAUCCCUCUUCAGUGAUGAGCGUAGAGAUGAACUCAAUCCAUCAAUGUUAUAUUCUCUUCAAUCAGCACUACGAUUAAAACCUCAAGACAACUUACAUGUUUUACUGAAGAGUGCAGUUGAUAAGGCUUUGGAGAGCCAGAACGGACACCUGGAUCUCUUCCUUCGCUUCCUUAUGGGCAUUUCUGUGGAGAGCAAUCACAAACUUCUGCAAGGUCUACUGAGCAACACACACGACAGCUCUCUUAGUAUUAAAGAAACAUGUCAGUAUAUGAAGAAGCUCAACAGAGAAGGUCUCUCUCCUGAACGAUGCAUCAAUCUUUUCCACUGCUUAUUUGAAAUGAAUGAUGAUUCCAUGCACAAAGAAAUUCAGACAUACUUGUCUUCACCAAAGAACAUCAAACAGAAGUUGUCUCCUGCCCACUGUUCAGCACUGGCCCACAUGCUUCUGAUGUCUGAGGAGGUGCUGGAUGAGAUUGAGCUGAAGAAAUACAACACAUCAGAUGAGGGACGUAGGAGACUGAUCCCAGCUUUGAGGUGUUGCAGAAAGGCACGACUUGCUGAGUGCAAUCUCUCAGAGAAGUCCUGUGGAAUUGUGGCUGCUGCUCUACAGUCACCAAACUCCCUGAUAGAGCUGGACCUGAGUCAUAAUGACCUGGGAGAUUCUGGAGUCCAUCUUCUCUCUAAAGGACUGUCUGGUCCCCACUGCAAACUGCAGACCUUAAGACUUGCUAAGUGCAAACUCUCAGAGAAGUCCUGUGGAAUUGUGGCUGCUGUUCUACAGUCACCAAACUCCCUGAUAGAGCUGGACCUGAGUCACAAUGACCUGGGAGAUUCUGGAGUCCAUCUUCUCUCUAAGGGACUGUCUAGUCCCCACUGCAAACUGCAGACAUUAAGACUUGCUGAAUGCAAACUCUCAGAGAAGUCCUGUGGAAUUGUGGCUGCUGUUCUACAGUCACCAAACUCCCUGAUAGAGCUGGACCUGAGUCACAAUGACCUGGGAGAUUCUGGAGUCCAUCUUCUCUCUAAGGGACUGUCUAGUCCCCACUGCAAACUGCAGACCUUAAGACUCUCUGAUUGUCUCAUCACAGAGAAGGGUUGUGGUUUUCUGGCUUCAGCUCUGACUUCAAACCCCUCCCAUCUAAAAGAGCUGGAUCUGAACUACAAUCAUCAUGGAGAAUCAGGACUGAAGCUGUUAUCUGCUAGACUGGAGGAUCCUGCCUGUAAACUGGAGAUACUUAAGUAUGUUCAGAAAGAAACCCCAGUGUUGCACAUUUAGAAAGUGUCUCCACUGUGGAGACCAUAUUCAUUUCUUCAAACCGAGUGCAGUGACCUAUUUUCAAAUGUGUGUUGUAAUAGCUGCUUUACACUGAAGUGUGUUUGUUAUCUCUUUGAUGCAACA